CUCCUUUUCCUCUCUCUCUCUCACUCUGCUCUCUUUCUUAGUUUCUCUCCUUUUCCUCUCUCUCUCUCUCUCUCCUCCUACUCUCUGUUUUGAAUGGGGGGGGUCUCAGACUCGGUGCUUUCCACUCUGCAGAGUGUUUGUGUGUGUUGAGAGUAUAUAUUGUGUGUGUGUGUGUGUGUGUGUGUUGUGCUAGUGUUCCUCGUGUCUCAGUGAGUCUGAGUGUGUGUAGGUGUGGGUAGGUGUGCGUGAGAGACCCCUCCUACACCACGAUGGAUGGAUUACGGCUCCCGCCGCUGAUAGAGGAAACUCCGGACCCCACAGAUGAGAGCACUGAUCUGAAAGCAGAGGAGCCCAUCAUGAGCAGCGAUCUAACGGAGAAGGAGCGAGAGAACGCAGAGCUGGAGGGAGAGGAGAAGGAGGUGAAAGAGGAGAAGGCUGGAGAGGAGGUGCUGAGUGAGGAGCAGGAGCUGGAGGAGCUCAGAGCCCAGGUUCUGCAGCUGCUGCUGGAGCUGGAGGAGGCGCGAGAUGCUUCACAGAAACACCAGGAGAACUUCCUUGAGCUUCAGGGUCUUUUGGAGGACGAGCGUUUGGCCAGUGCCCACCAGGCUGAGGCUUUCACCCACCAGAUCCAGCACCUGCAAGCUCAGUUGCGCAGUGUUCAGGACGAGCUGGACCGUGUUCAGGAGCUGAAGGACAGUGAACUGCUCGAGGCUCAGGCCGAGCUGAGUCUGGUGAGGGAGGAGGUGCAGACAUUAAGGGAGGCGGCGGAGGAGUGCGCGGCCGAGCGAGAGAAUGACAUCGCCACCCUGCAGGAGGAGCUGUGCAGGGUCCGAGCCGAAAUGAGCCGGGUGGAAACCAACGCACAGGAGUACGAGCUGGAGGCGGUCACUCUGAGAGCUGAAAUUGCCAUGAAGAGUCAACGGAGAGAACAGGAGAGGAGAGAGGGUGACGUCGUCCUGCUGAGGGAGGAAUGUUCCAGUUUGAAAGCGGAGUGUGAGACGCUGAAGGAGGCCAACAGCAGACUAACUGAGAAACUGCAGCUGCUGCAGGACACGCGAAAUGGCAGUGCCUGUCCCCCACUGAAGGAGGAGCAGGAGGAGUGUGAGAAAGAAUCUGAAGGGAGCAGUGCGAACACGGUGGAGUCUUCAAACUCAAACUGCAGGCUGGUGGACGCCAGCAUCCAGAAGAACAUUUCCUUUGAGGGAAAACCACUCACGCCCACCAGCUGGAGUGCAGGAUUCUCUGAAAUCCUCUCCCUGAGAGAACAACUGAAGCAGGCAGAAGAGAGAGCAGAACAGGUGCAGAGACAGUGUGAUGGGGUGCGGAUUGAGAUGAGAGAGCUACAGGAACUGUUUGAGACCAGUCAGAAGGAACGUGCAGAGCUUGAGCUGGAGCUGCUUCGCUGUAGGGAGGAGCUAGACAAGCUCACAGAGGGGAACGGGACACAGUUCUCCACUGAGCCCCCUGUUCUCUCACUGCCUUUCAUAGGACUGAUAGUGAUUGUGGCUGUGCUGUGGUGCUGCUGGUCUGAGCUGGGUUCCUGAAGAGUGAAAGGGACAACAACAGAGUCUUUCUCUGGCUGUUAUUACGCCUGCAGCAGAGCUGUCAAUCUUCUCAUGAUUGUUUAGUUUUGAACCUGCUGACCUAUGGUCAGUCGAGUGCCCGAUCUAUUGAACUUCUUUGGCGUUUGGCUGUCUCUGAGCAGGCAGUGUUGCUUUUUCUGACCCUAAAUGACCAGCAGAGCAGAACGUGGAGCGGCAGCUUUAGCAGAGACAAGGUUUUAACUUUAACUCUGUGGAAGUUUCGUACUCUUUUUGUAAAAAUUCAACUAUUUUACCUUUCAGUAUGUUGCUUGUAAUCUGAUUUCCUAUUAGUUUAAUAUCAACUGUAUGUUUUAUAAAGAUAUAUUAAUUUAUUCACAUAUUUAACAUAAAUAUUGUGCUGUAUAGAUUGUUCCUUUAUGUGGUGUUAUGUAAAGAAACUUAAAGUAAUAUAUUUUUAGAGGGAGAACUAAGUGGUGAUGAAGGUAUUGAAUGCAAUAAAAAUAUAAGUUGUCUUCUGCAGCUCGAA